UCUGAUCAUAUACAUAUUGAUUUAGUAAUGUCGGAUUUUGUAUACUCAACAAAACAGUAUUACAUUCGUAUGAGAAGAAAUUACAUUUAAAAAAAGUCAUUAAAAAAUUAAAACUGAAGAUGCUAUAUAUAUGUUUUGCAAGAUGAAUAAUUUGACGAUUCUGUGACAGCCCGUCAACUCAUCCCCGGUCUUCUUUUAAUUCGUUUUUCAUUUCCUUAAUAUUUCUCUUUUCUCUUUCAUAUACAUGAUAUCAUCAAAUUAUUUCUUACCUGGAAUAAAAUAAAAUAAACUGGAGCAAUCUUUGGUUUCUGAUGACCGAAGAUUUACAAGAAUUAAGGCCUGCUUUGUUUUCAGUUUCAGUUUCAUUUUCCUAAUAUUAUAAGUUAGUUAACAUGUUGCUGUCUGAAACACACUUCAAAUAAGUCCUGUAGUUGUAUUGUUUGCUUCGUCCAAUCUUGCCUUUUCAUCUAGACUAUUGUUUAUGCUGUUCUGGCCCACAUUGUCAGGCAGAUGAUGUAGUACCCCAUACGUUUUCCUUUUUCAAUUCAGGAAUCAAAGCCUGGUUGUUUUGCUGAAAAACGAGUGUAUCUACCAUCCUAUCUUUGUAGAAAUUGUGUUCAGGAAGAAAAAUGCAGAAAGAAACUUAACUUUCAUGAUAUUAAUGGAAUACUCUUUUUUUAGAUAAGCCGUAUUGACAUAGGCUGACGUUAAAAGUCAUAGUUCAAUAAGAUAUAAACCUGUAACUGGAAAAAUGGCGGAUGCACAAUUUUUCCAACGAUUGAAAAGACAAGGAGUAGAUGUGAAGCUGGCGACAACCAUUGUAUCUUGUAAACAAUUUACCAGUGAAGAAUUGAAAGAUUGGGCAAUUAUUAGUCUUAAGACAAUCAAACUCAAUGAGGCUAUCAAAAUCGUCAAAGAACUACAUUUUAACCAGAAUGUGGGAGAUAAUAAAAGUGGAAUUCUAUGUGCACGGAUCAAUAAUCUCAAGAAAUCACCACAAGAGGAGGCCGGUCAACAAGGUGGUCACAGCAAGGUUCAAUCUAAUUCACGUGGAGGUGGCUCAGCAAGAGGUGGAAAUAGUCGAGGAAAUAGAGGGCGUACACCCCCUCCUGGACCCCUACUACAAUCACACCCUCCCCAAUUCCAAUCACCCCCUCCUCUAUUCCAACCUACCCAGCAUGGACCCUUGCUCCACUCACCCCCUUCUCUAUUACAUUUACCAACCUCUGGUAGGCCACCUCUCCAGAACCAUGGUGGAUCAUCUUCACAGCGUAAUGAUGGAAUCCUUCCAACCCCAUAUGGAAGAAAGAAACAGCAACAAAUUCAGACUGACCCACAGUACCUUACUAAUAAUCUGGAGUACCUGAGGAACCUCUCAGAAAAUGCUCAAGGAAUCCCAGGUUUCACCAAUCCUAUGGAGUCCUUUCAGUCCGCAGAUAAUGGACGAACAGCCAAAACAGCAAAGACAGGCAGAAGAAACAGAGGGAAUCAUUCCAAACAAGGUGGAGCUACAGGGCAAGGCAAGGGAGUGAACUCUGACGAGGACAGCGAUGGCAGUAUCCAAAGCCAACCUGAUAACCCGAGUAUGUGGGGAAACAGAGGGCUUAACAGGAGUUAUGGUAGCACUGACUUCCUUGAUCAAGUAGCAAAAAGAAAUACUAAUAGUGGUAAGCAAGGAAAUCGGGGUGACCAAGGAAAUCAUGGUUACCAAGGAAACCGUGGAUACCAAGGAGACCGUAACCGUGGUCCCAGACGAGGUAGAGGUGGAGGCAGAGGUCACCAUGAGGGCAGUUCUGAGAUUGUCAACAACAAUGAUGAUGAAAACAACCAGAAUGGGAGAUCACGAGGAAGCAACAGGGGUCAGGGUCGUGGCAGAGGUCGAGCUCGCGAAAGAGGUAGAGGUGGGGAUCGAGGCAGACGUUGGUCAUCAAAAUGUAACGUGAACAGCGGGGAUGAAGACGAAGAAAGUGACUCAGAUAGUGAUAGUGAUUUAAGCAGUGUAUCAGGGAGUGAAGCGUCAAGAAGUGUUAUCUCUGGGAGUCAAAGUGACAGGCUCAAAGACUUUGAUAAAAAGAAGAAAAGGAGAAGACCUCGACAAAAACCUCGCAGUUGCUCAUUAAAUGAAGAAGUUGAAACCUUUGAAGAUGAACGUGUAGAUGAGAACAAGAUCUUUAGUUAUCUUGUUAAGAGCUUUGGUGGGUUUGUUGCCUUUGAUGAGUUUGUAGAGCAGUGUGACCUUUUUCCCAGCGACCUUGACAUAGAUAAAUGGUUUCGAUGUCACAAGCGAAGGUUCAAAUUGUUUGAAAAGGAAGGAAAGAUUUUGUAUGUAUCUGCUUUCUAUCGGGAUGUGACUCUUUGUCUGGGAUACAAUUGCCUGUUUGGACGCGAAAAGAAGUGUUCAAAGACAGACUGUGAACAUUUCCAUAUUUGUAAAAAUCAUAUCAGUGGAAAUUGCUCGUUUGGAGAGACCUGUUGUUUUUCCCACAGUUUUCGAGAUGCCAACAAUUUGGAACACAAGAAAAAGCUUGGGCUUCAUGAGUUUUCAGACAAAGAAAUGGUGGUUAUAUUGGCCAACAGAUACCCAAAGGUUUGCUCUGAUUUCUUGAAGACUACCUCAUGUCCAAAUGGAGAAAACUGUCCAAAUCUACAUAUCUGUAGCCUCAGUUUGAGAGGGAGGUGUACCAGAGAGGCGGACUGUCCACUUGGUCAUUCUUUUGAAACUGACCACAACAUUUGGGUGUUAAAGGCAUUGGAGCACUAUUCCUGGCUUACGGGAAAGUCAGGUUUACUUCUUAGGAAAAUCAUAUUGGUGGACCGAUCCCUGGAAGCACCAUUAGGUGCACAGACAACGCAGAAAGAAGAACCAGAAAUUGGUGAUGAGGAACUGAAAGAUAUUGCAGAUGAAAUUGAAAGAUUAAAGAAGACACCUGGAAAGAAACGCCCAUCCAGGGCAGACCGAUUCAAAACUAAUGACCCCGAUGAUGUAAUCUCCUUCAAUCUGAACCAGGUUCAUAUCAGCGAGAUGAGUUCUGGUGUAGAUGCAGAGAUACCUGAUGAACCUAUGCCCGAACAAACUGAGAAGGCUGAACCAAAACAGAAAAAGAAAAAGCCUAAGAAAACCCCAGGAUCUAAACAAAACAAGAAGGAUGACACUGUGGAAACUCCGACAACAUGGUUGAAUGAGGAAGCUUUGGACAUUUCCAUCUGUUUAAAAUAUUUGGAGGGAAACUGCUCAGGAGUUUGCCCAAAAGGUCAUCACCAUCACCCUGACCAGGCUCCUUAUGUGUGGCAGAUCAAGCAAGGAGACACCUGGUGCAGCUUCACGUCAGAAUACAGUGAGGAAAUUGAGGAAGGUUUCUGCAGACAUCUAGAAGUCAUUGAUGCAGAGAUAUUGGUGGAGAACCAAGCUGUAUACAUGGUUCACGUGUGUGUCAGUGAUGUCAGAAAUACCAAGGGUGUGGUGUAUGAACAGGACGGAGUGAUGCUUGCCGCUCCUCAGAGCUUCCCAGUACGACGCUUAUCAACUCAGUCCUACGUCGACGUGAAGGACAAAAAAGUGGCAGCCUUAAGCUUUACGACACAGUGGAGAUGGUACUGGAAAAGCGAUGAAGAACAGUGGGAACCGUUUGACACUGACAACUUUCAAAAAACCCUAGAAAGGAAAUACAAAUAUGGACAACAAACCUUCUUGUUCACCAGAGAGAACUACCGAUUUAAAUACAGGACAGACUUUCGAACCUUUCGACAGGUGAACCUUGACACAAUGAAAACCCGUGAUAUUUGUCGUCGCCCUUUGUUUGUGUCCCUAGAGGAUGUCAAAAAUAAGAAAUUCCCUCCGUGUCUAGAAGUAGUGGACCCGAUUAGUAAACCACCAACCUUUGUACCAUGGGAUUUGUCCAAUGAUUUUGAACUUGUGGAACUGGAACGAGUGAAACCCGAGUUUAAGGCUAUCCGUGACAGGUUCUUUGAGACGAUGGACAAUGGCCGCUUCGAUCUUCUGUACAUCUACAGGGUACAGAACUGGCGCCUUUAUCAGGACUACGAACUGAGGAGAAAGAAUAUGAAGAAGGAAAUUGACAUUAUAGAAGGUCAGAGUCGUGAUGUGAAUGAGAAGUUUCUGUUCCAUGGCACAGACUCUAUGAAAACCUGUCAGGGAAUCUGCACAAACAACUUCGACUUCCGAACAAGUGGAAAAAAUGCCACAGUGUAUGGCGAAGGAUCCUAUUUUGCAGAGACAAGCAAGUACAGUCACAGCUACACACAGCCUGGUAAAAACAAAGAAAGGUACAUGUUCCAAGCAAAAGUUUUGGUUGGACUAUCCACUAAAGGUAAAUCUUCCUAUCGACGACCCCCUGAAAGGCCUGGCCAGACACACAAGCUGUACGACUCGUGUGUAGAUAUUGAAGAUAAACCCAAUAUGUAUAUCAUAUUUGAGAGAAGCCAGUCAUAUCCCGAAUAUUUGAUAGCUUACAGAGAGAAGAGUACGUCUGACCUUGGUAUGGCAAAUAUUGGUACCAGUCAUGCCAUGGCAACACCAGUUCAGACUCCAGCAGUUACUGUAAAACCAAAAUUAGCUCCAAAACCAAUGGCACCUACAGUAGCCAUGCCUCAACAAGCACCAAAACCAACGGCACCUACAGUAGCCAUGCCUCAACAAGCACCAAAACCAACGGCACCUAUAGUACCCACACCAGUACCAGCGCCACGUGUGUCUAGAGCGGCACCACAGCCAGUGGCACCACUUCAACCGCUUGUUUACCCUUCAAGUUCUAGCCAUGAAGCUCCAGCCUAUCGAGCUACAUCAAGUCUUACCCCUUUGUCAUAUCCUACAACUACUGCUUCAGAUUACCGUGACAACCUGAAACGAAGCUCUACUAUCCAAGAUCAUGAGCGUGUUGCUAAGGAAAGGAGCUUUGGGGCCUAUGACCGGAACAUAACAGGGGAUCAGAUGAACCAAUAUUAUGUAGAGGAUCAGCUUGAACGGAGACGCCGGGCCACAGAGUAUGCCUCUGAUCUUGAAAAACUGAGGCAAACUACGUCAUAUACUCCACAACAGAAAAAGAAGGAUGAAGGCUGUGUUCUUCAGUAGACAAGGCAGACUUUGUUAGAAGAUUAAUUAACUAUAUAGUAUUGAUUCAUUUCUAGAACAGAGAUGAAGAAAGUGUAUUUAAAGAUGCUCCUUAUGUUUUACGUCAAAAAACGUCUUGUGUUUAGAAGGGGUAUUUUUGGAAUUUAAUUUGUAUCAUUUUCGUACGAUUUUGAACUUAAAUGGAAAAAAAAAAAAAAAAAA